AUGAACCUCCUCAUUGGUGUUAGUGCAAGUGUCGCCGCCAUCAAACUUGGUGAAGUGAAAAAACGUAUAAAGGAAAGGUGCGCCGAGAGCAACCUGGACGUGGAAAUAAAAUACGUGGCGACCACUCUGGCAUAUGACAAUUUUCUGAAACCACUAGACUUUGAUGAAAAGGUUCUUUUGGAUAAGGACGAGUGGGCAUGGCAAAAGAUGGGGGAUGAUAUUUUGCAUGUCGAGCUGAGGAAGUGGGCCGAUCUCUUCGUCAUUUGCCCGAUGGAUGCAAACACACUGGCGUCUGUGUCUUCCGGGGCUUGCCCCAACCUCCUGACCUGCAUCUGCCGGUGCUGGGAUUUCAAGAAGCCAAUGCUCGUAUUCCCCUGUAUGAACACGCACAUGUACGAGCAUCCCGUGACGCGAGAGCAGAUGAAGCGGAUAAUGUCCUGGGGCGUGCAGGUCGUGGAGCCAGUGGAGAAGCUCCUCGCUUGCGGAGACUACGGAAUAGGAGCUCUGCCCCCCGUGGAGGACGUCGUUGGAGAGAUCGUCAAGUACAUAAAAAGGCACCACCUCGAGGUGGAGAAAAAAAAAAUUCACACUACGCAGGUGUGCUGA